AUGAUUUGCUCAGACAUCGCGGUUUUUCGUCGGAUUGUUGUUUUCGGUACGGUAUCAAACACAGCGAGCGGGCGAACUUCAGUGAAUUUCAACUCUCAUUAUGUGAAGCUGAACGUCGGAGGAUGCCUUUUCAACACAGCGAAAUCAACUCUUGUGAAGCUAGACAACAUGCUCAGAGCCAUGUUCAGCGGGAGGAUGGACCUCGAAACCGAUUCCGAGGGUUGGAUUCUCAUCGACCGUUGUGGCAAACACUUCGGAACAAUUCUGAACUUCCUCCGGGACGGGACUGUCGCGCUUCCUGAGUCCGCCAGAGAGCUCGCUGAACUAUAUUGCGAGGCGAAGUAUUAUCUCAUAUCCGAACUGAUGGAACUUUGCGAGAAUGCGUUGAAUAGGCAUGCCAAUCCCGAUGCGAUUUGUAAAGUUAUUUUCAUCACUUCGGAGAAGGAGUGUCAGCAAUUGAUUCAGGCGCAUCCCAAACCCGCUGUAAAAAUUCUGAUGAACCGAAACAACAAUAAAUUUUCGUAUACGCCGACUUCGGAUGAUAAUCUUCUGAAGAAUUUGGAAAUGUUCGACCGCCUAUCCCUCCGCUUCAGCAGUCGCAUCCUUUUCAUAAAGGACGUGAUCGGCACCAACGAAAUAUGUUGUUGGACGUUUUACGGACACGGUAAAAAAUUUGCCGAGAUCUGCUGCACCUCGAUCGUGUACGCCACGGACAAGAAACACACGAAGGUGGAAUUCCCUGAAAACAGGAUCUACGAAGAGUUUCUGAACACUCUGCUGUACGAGAAUCCUCAACAGCCGGACCCCGAACUCAUGCAAGCCACCUCACAGAGGGGCGCAGGGCUUCAGCGUUCAACAGCUGCCGUGAGUGACGACGAGGAAAUUGAAUCCAAACAGCAGACUGCCCAGGCGGAGGCUGCCAGCGGCCCCGGUCCUUCAAGAAGCUCCUCAUCAUUAGCGCUUGGUCGUUUCCGGAAGAGUAACUCGGCGUCGAACAGCAACAACAAUCUUUAAAGCAGAGUAACUUUCUCAACGCUCUCGGUUCAAAGCAGAAUUCACGAUUUCGGAUUCCGAGUCCAAGCGAUCAAAUCGACGUUCAACUCGUCGAUUCGCGCGUCGAUCGCUCAGUCUGUCGUUCCCCAAGGUCGCGCUGUAUUCCUUCCGUCGCAGCUUCGCGCGACCUUGCGGCAGAGUGCCACGGUGGUAUUCGAGCAGGCGCGAGAAAUGCCCCAGAAGUCGAAGGCGCCGCAUAGGUCAGCAUUUUGAGUCGCAGUGUCGCGAGACACUGCCGUCCCUCCUCAGUUCAAGAUUGUCCCAUAUUCAGUCGAUUGCAGUGCCAGCUCUGACUCGUCUCCCGAGUCGGUCCCGGCAUUUCUAUGCGGUUUAGGGACCGUGCCAACUGCAUGUGAAAAGAAGUGGCCGCGGGCAUGUGCUAAAUACGUGAACUUAAAGAAUAAAAC